AUGGCCUCGGAGUCAGUGAAGGUGGUCGUGCGCUGCCGGCCCAUGAACAAGCGCGAACGCGAGCUGAGCUGCCAGUCGGUGGUGACGGUGGACUGCGCGCGCGGCCAAUGCUUCAUUCAGAACCCGGGAGCGGCGGACGAACCCCCAAAGCAGUUCACUUUCGAUGGCGCCUACUACAUAGAACACUUCACCGAGCAGAUCUACAACGAGAUCGCCUACCCGCUGGUGGAGGGUGUCACUGAGGGCUACAAUGGUACCAUUUUUGCCUAUGGCCAGACAGGCAGUGGGAAGUCCUUCACCAUGCAGGGACUGCCAGAUCCUCCUUGCCAGAGAGGCAUCAUUCCCAGAGCCUUCGAGCACGUAUUUGAGAGCGUUCAGUGUGCAGAGAACACCAAGUUCCUAGUGCGGGCUUCCUAUCUGGAGAUCUACAAUGAAGAUGUCCGUGACCUGCUGGGCGCCGACACCAAGCAGAGGCUAGAGCUGAAGGAGCAUCCCGAGAAGGGAGUGUAUGUCAAGGGUCUGUCCAUGCACACGGUACACAAUGUGGCCCAGUGUGAGCGCGUCAUGGAGACCGGCUGGAAGAACCGUGCAGUUGGCUACACCCUGAUGAAUAAGGACUCCUCUCGGUCCCACUCCAUUUUCACCAUCAACAUCGAGAUCUAUGCCGUGGAUGAGCGGGGUAAGGACCACCUUCGAGCAGGCAAGCUCAACCUGGUAGACCUGGCCGGCAGUGAGCGGCAGUCCAAGACUGGGGCCACAGGCGAAAGGCUGAAGGAGGCCACCAAGAUCAAUCUGUCUCUGUCCGCGCUGGGCAACGUCAUCUCGGCCCUGGUGGAUGGACGCUGCAAGCAUAUUCCUUACCGGGACUCGAAGCUGACACGACUACUUCAGGACUCACUGGGUGGGAACACCAAGACUCUGAUGGUGGCUUGCCUGUCUCCCGCUGACAACAAUUACGAUGAGACCCUCAGCACGCUGCGCUAUGCCAACAGGGCCAAGAAUAUCAAGAACAAGCCACGCAUUAAUGAAGACCCCAAGGAUGCCCUGCUUCGAGAGUACCAGGAGGAGAUCAAGAGGCUAAAGGCUAUCCUGGCCCAGCAGAUGGGCCCUGGCAACCUGUCAGCCCUGCUGUCCACUCAGACACCCCCAGGCCCAGUCCAGUCUGAGGAGAAGCUGCUGCCCCCCACUACUGUCCAGCAGGACACGGAGGCUGAGAAGCAGAUGAUCCGGGAGGAGUAUGAGGAGCGCCUGGCCCGCCUAAAAGCUGACUAUGAGGCAGAGCAAGAGUCUCGGGUCCGGCUGCAGGAGGACAUCACCGCCAUGCGUAACUCGUAUGAUGUGAAGCUGUCCACGUUGCAGGAGAAUCUGCGAAAGGAGAAGGAGACAGAGGCCGUUCUUAUGGCGGAAGUCCUGUGUAAGACAGAGGUCAUGUCCAGGGCCGAGUUAGCCAGCGGGCCCGAGUACUCACCUCCUUUGCAGUACGAGACUGCAGUGAAGCCCACCAUCCUGUCCAUGCCUGACAUGCAGCCCAGUGGCGAGGUCACCAAGAGCCAAGCUCCCCCCGCGUUUGAGGAGCCCCUUACGGAGCUCUCCCGGUCAGAGGUUUCUUUUGAGUCCAAUGAGUCAUCCACUCUGGAAGACUCCUCCAUGUCAGAGGCCUUCCCUGGACCUGAGGAGCUUUCCAACGUUGAGUUCUCCAUGCCCGGGGUGCUGGCUGAGAGCAGGUACUUCCCUGAUGAGUAUCUCGGCCCAGAGGCUACUGCAUCUCUGCUGGAGACAGAGCACUAUGCCCGGGAAGAUGAGCCGUCACUGGAGCCCCUGCGGAUACUGGCAACCCUGCAAGAUCCUUUUGCUGAAGUGGAGGCCAAGCUGGCCAGACUGUCCUCUACUGUGGCCAUGACGGACUCAUCCCAGACGGUCGUCCCCCAGAUUCCCGAGCAGGCCCCUGAGCAGCAGCCAUCCUCCACUGAUCUGCUGGAGCCCGGCGACAUCAAGUCAGAAGCUGAUGUGGCUGACAACGUCCUCCUCAGGACUGAGCCUGAUCUAAGCCUGAAAGUGGCUGAGGAGGUGGUAUCUGAGGCGGAGACUGGGGUGUGGCUGGAGUCUGAAGCCCAUGUGGCCCAGGUGGCCCAGGUGUCUGAGGAGGCCCAGCCUCAGCCUUUGCUGGCCAUGGCAAGCGUGAGAAGGGAGAGUGUAGGUGUGGAAGUGGCUGUGUUGACCGAGGAGCUGCAGCCUGUGGAUCAACAGCAGGUGCUGGCCCGCUUGCAGAUGCUGGAGCAGCAGGUGGUGGGGGGCGAACAGGCUAAAAACAAGGACCUGAAGGAGAAGCACAAGCGGAGGAAGCGGUAUGCAGAUGAGCGCAAGAAGCAGCUGGUGGCCGCCCUGCAGAACUCAGAUGAGGACAGCGGGGACUGGGUGCUGCUCAAUGUCUAUGACUCUAUCCAGGAGGAGGUGCGGGCCAAGAGCAAGCUGCUGGAGAAGAUGCAGAAGAAGCUCCGGGCAGCAGAGGUAGAAAUCAAGGACCUGCAGUCAGAGUUCCAGCUGGAGAAGAUUGAUUACCUGGCAACCAUCCGCCGGCAGGAGCGGGACUCCAUGCUCUUCCAGCAGCUCCUGGAGCAGGUGCAGCCUCUCAUCCGCAGAGACUGUAACUAUAGCAACCUGGAGAAGAUACGGCGAGAGUCGAGCUGGGAUGAGGAUAACGGCUUCUGGAAGAUCCCAGAUCCCAUCAUACUGAAAACCAGCCUCCCAGUAGCAGUUCCAACUGGGGCACAGAACAAGCAAGCUAGAAAAACCUCUGCAGUAGACAGUGGCGAGCCACACAUGCAGGAGGAAGACAGGUAUAAGCUGAUGCUGAGCCGAAGCGACAGUGAGAAUAUCGCUAGUAACUACUUCCGGUCCAAGCGGGCCAGCCAGAUCCUCAGCACGGAUCCCAUGAAGAGCCUCACGCAUCACAACUCACCACCGGGGCUCAAUUCCUCUCUGAGCAACAACUCUGCCCUGCCGCCAGCCCAGACCCCUGAAAUGCCCCAGCCCCGGCCCUUCCGCCUGGAGUCCCUUGACAUCCCCUUCUCCAAAGCCAAGCGUAAAAAGAGCAAAAGCAGCUUUGGCGGUGAGCCUCUGUGAUCCAGCUGCCCGCUGCCAUCUGCUUUCAAGUUUCUAGAAACUUCCAAGUCCUCUCUACGAAGCCCCAGCCAGGCCUCCUCUCUCCUACUCCACAGCGUCCCCAAGCCCAAGGGGAUCUUAGCCCUGGGAAGACACAUUUCCUCCCCUGUUCCCUAGAGAACUCACUCUGGCCCAGGGCCUGAGCUUUGUGGAAGUUGGACUAUGCUUCUCAGAGAGAGGCCUGCUCCAGCUGUCCACAGGAGCCAGUGUUCCCACUGACUUGCCUGCCACCGAGCCUACACUAGCCAGUGUGGGUCUACCUCCACGGGCUCAGAUGCCCACGGACCUUCACAAGCAUAGAAGCUGCCACACGGACGAAGCUCAACAUCUUGGUGACUAAGAUUUGGGCCUCUGUGAUUGGCCCCUUCCAAGGGAACCUGUGACACACAGUGGACACAGAGCAAGACCUGGAGCCAGCUGCUGUGCCUAGCCUACCCUUGGCUGGACAGCAGCUGGGUUGGCCUGCAGCCCAGAGAAGGUGCUUUCCAGUACACUGCCCAAUAAACUGCCUUUUAGAAUAA